AUAUCCCUCUUUCCUUUUCCAGUAUCUGCACUUGCCUUCUGGUUCCCUCCAUCCACACCACACACACACACGCACAACACUCCGCAACUCUGCUGCCACGUAACACAGACUCAGCCGCUUGAGAACUUCUCUCUCAACUCGUAUCAAAAACCCCAACUUUACUUCAGUACAUGCCCCAUAAUAAAGGUAUUCCUAUUGGGGUUCAAUGAAAUACUCAAUCAAGUGAAAGCCAGAAUUUGAAUUCGAGGGCCACUGAUGGAAUGAAUGUUCUUUACAAGUUAUUUGGCCUAAACCCAGAUGUGUGAGCAUUAGUUUUGGGAAGAGAAGAAUUAGUACUUCUUAAGAAGUAGAAAAAGAUAGGAUUUUUAUUGAACCAUUCUGGUUAAACUGAUGUUUAAAAGCAAUAACGUUACUGCCAGGAUUUUUCAGCGCCAGAUUUGUACUCCCGCUCCUGGUACCAGUAUUUACAGCGCCAGACGAUUUUAUGAGAAUAUAGUCCCUAGUUGUACAAUAUAUGAUGUGGAAUGUCCUGAUCAUUCGUUUCGCAAGUUCACUGAGGAUGGCCUGUAUCUUAUAAGUUUCAGUAGAAAUCAUCAGGAUUUGAUUGUUUAUAGACCGAGAUGGCCUUCGUUUUCAUGUAAAGAAGAAGAUUGUGAUACUCAUGAGCUUCCUCCAAAAGCUAAAAAAUUUGAAGGCUUCUUCACCGAAUUAUACUCUGUUUCUCUUGCUACAAGUGGCGAACUUAUAUGUAAGGACUUCUUUCUAUACAUGGAGAAUAAUCAAUUUGGACUCUUUGCUACUUCAACUGCACAAAUUCAUGAUGCACCUGCUGUUGGAGGUGCAGUUCAAGGCGUCCCAUGUGUUGAAAAGAUAACUUUUCAUCUAUUGAGAAUGGAAGAUGGUGUUGUUCUUGAUGAGAGGGUUUUUUGGAGCGACUAUGUUAAUUUAGCGCACAGCAUGGGUGUUUUCUUGUAUGAUGAUUUACUAGCUAUAGUCUCACUUCGUUAUCAAAGGAUACACAUUCUCCAGAUCAGAGACUCUGGAAACCUUGUUGAUGUGCGGACUAUUGGGGAAUUUUGUCGUGAAGAUGAUGAACUUUUUCUUUAUUCCAGUGUUCAGUCCAUGGCAAAUCCUGACAAAAGCAAACAAUUGCAUCAGAUGACCGUGAAUCAUGCUGCAAAUGGUUUGCAUCAUGACCGGCCUGCAGGAGAAACUUCUUUCCUGAGUGGCAUAAAGCAGCGCUUGCUUUCAUUCAUAUAUCAGGGAAUAUGGAAUGAAGAAACCGACCAAACCUUGAGAAUGCAGUGCCUGAAGAAGAAAUUUUAUUUCCAUUUCCAAGAUUAUGUUGAUUUGAUAAUCUGGAAGGUGCAAUUCUUGGAUCGGCAUCACCUGUUGAUAAAGUUUGGCAGUGUUGAUGGCGGGGUAUCUCGAAAUGCUGAUAACCAUCCUGCAUUCUUUGCUGUAUAUAACAUGGAGACAACUGAAAUAACUGCAUUUUAUCAGAAUUCUACGGAUGAGCUCUAUUUGUUGUUUGAACUGUUCUGUGAUCACUUUCAUGUGUCAGGCAAAAAUUCACUUUAUAUGAAUUUCAUAUCAACUCAUUCAAAUAACAUUCAUAACCUAGAGCAACUGAAGUCCAAUAAAAACAAAGCUAGCAGCUUGUCUCAGUUUGUGAAGAAGAUGCUCUCCUCUUUGCCUUUUAGUUGUCAGUCUCAAAGUCCUUCGCCCUACUUUGAUCAAUCUCUCUUUCGAUACGAUGAAAAGCUGAUCUCAGCUACUGACCGGCACAGACAAUCUACUGACCAUCCCAUCAAAUUUAUUUCGAGGCGGCAGCCCAAUAUCCUCAAGUUCAAAAUCAAACCAGGACCUGAAGCUGGCAACACAGAUACUCGGUCGAAAAAGAUUUCUUCAUUUCUUUUCCAUCCCUUUCUGCCUCUAGCACUUUCUGUUCAGCAGACAUUAUUUUUGCAGCCAGCGGUUGUAAAUAUUCACUUUCGCAGAUAAUUAUCCCUCUUGUCCUUAAUUAGGUUCUUGUUCUUAUUCCUCUGUCCUUGUUUCGCCUCAUUUUGGUGUAGUUUAGGAUGCAAAUUUUGUACUAUAACUCUUGUAAUAGUAAUACCACUCAAGAUUGGAGUUAAAAAAACCAAGAAAAAUGCUCUACCGAUUCGAUCCGAGCUCUUGGAAUUGGAAUAACCAUUUGUCAGGA